AUGAAACGUUCACACACCGAUGACAGUGCUCAUAGCGAUGAACGAUACCCCAAAGUAAAAGUUUCACAAAAUGGAUCAUCACAACCAACAGCAGCUGCAGCAACUCCAACAGAUACCGCGUCACCAGCUUCACUAUCAGCUUCACCGGCUUAUGGACGAUUUACUCCUCAUUAUAAAUCACAAAAUGGACGACGAUUUGGCGGAUCUUCCAAGAUCACUGAAUAUCAAUUACAACAUAAAUUAGGUGAAGGUACUUUCGGUGAGGUGCAUAAGGGUAUCCACAAAAGUUCCGGUGCUAUAGUUGCGUUGAAGCGUAUUCUUAUGCAUAAUGAACGAGAAGGCAUACCUAUUACUGCAAUACGCGAAAUCAAGAUCUUAAAACAACUACAUCACAAGAAUAUCGUACCAUUGACUGAUUUAGCUGUGGAGCGUGGAGAUCCAGUUAAAAAGGAACAGGGCAGUAUAUAUAUGGUGUUCCCUUACAUGGAUCACGAUCUGGCUGGCCUAUUGGAAAAUCCAUCCGUGCGCUUGACUACCCCGCAAAUAAAGACUUAUGUCAAACAAUUACUUGAAGGCACUGCCUAUCUCCAUCAUAACAAAAUUUUACAUCGUGAUAUCAAAGCGGCCAAUCUACUUAUCAAUAACGAAGGCAUAUUACAAAUUGCGGAUUUCGGUUUGGCGCGUGGCAUUGAAGAUGAAGACAAGGAAUAUACAAGCUGUGUAGUGACGCGCUGGUAUCGUCCUCCAGAAUUGUUCCUGGGUGAACGCCGCUAUACUUCGGCCAUUGAUAUGUGGGGUGUAGGAUGUAUCGUGGGCGAGUUAUUACGAGGACGACCAAUAUUGCAAGGCACAGAUGAUACUGAUCAGUUACGACGUAUAUUUCAUCUAUGCGGCUCACCAAACCACACAAACUGGCCUGGAUAUCAUAGCUUACCAGAAGCAAACAAAUACAAUUUUGAGACUUCUCCUCGUCGUGUAAAAGAAGAGUUUUCCAAAUAUGAUCCGCUGGCUGCAGACUUGUUGGAUAAAUUAUUGGUGUUGGAUCAUACCAAACGGUUAACGGCUAUGGAUGCACUGGAUCACGAUUAUUUCUAUACUAGUCCAUCACCGGCGAAACCCUCGGAACUUCCGAAAUAUGAAGCAUCGCAUGAAUAUGAUCGACGACGUGUUCGCAGUAAUAACCGUAGAUAA